AUAUUCCUUCUUUAACCUAUUUAGCCUACUUCUCGAAGGUUCUGGUCAGCUGGUGGCGCCGUUGCUUGUCGUUUUCUCUCUAUCUCUCUCUCUCUCUUUCUCGCUCUCUCUUUCCCCCUCUCUUGCUCGUCUUCAGGUUGACUCGACCCUCAGAAUGUAAAUCCCGGCGCACACAACGUCUCCUUCUGUCUCUAUGGCCAAGGCUCCAGCGGCGACAGCUCGGUGACACACGGGGAGGAGGAGGAGGCGGCGGAGGGGGCUGGGUCCGUUUCCUCAGCGGUGACCGACCGCAGCCUCGGUAUUGGGGUACAAUAACCGCUAACCUACCUUCGACAUUCACUGGAGCCGGGGAGCGUUUAUUUAGGCGGCGAGGAACCCAGAGGAGGGGGAAAGGAGGGGGCGUUUUUUUCUGGUGCCCCCUCACACCUAACUACACCUCGCUAUAGCUUCUUGCCUCCUGGCUUGGUGAACCAACCCAACACAUCCCCGGCUUUUCGUCUCUCUGCCCUCCCUCCACGCUGUGCUCCCUCUAUCUCUCUCUCUUUUUUAGGAGCCUCGGGGAAAUGAAAUGCUUGUGACUAUACACCAGUGACGAGCUACACCAUGUCAGCCUCACUCAGCGUCCUCUCUCGCCUGUGGAGCACAGACUGAAGACCACUCGGACCGAGGAAGAGGAGGAGAGAAGACCGCGUUAGUUAGGUCGAGCUGUUAUUUCUCUGCAAGCAUCUGUUCAUUUACGACCUACUGGAUGCUGGAAGUCUCGUUCGCCUCUGGCAGCUGAAGAUGAGGUUACUAUGGAAACAGUUUUUGCUGCUAUCAAUCAUGGAGUAUCUUACAGAAUGUUUGGAUUAUAAAUCAUUCCAUGGGCCUAAAUGGCGGAUGGAGCCCAGCGAUUUGAUGGUGCCGGUAGAUUUACCUGAAGAAGAGGCCACGCUCACCUGUGAUGCUAAAGGCCUUCCUGCUCCUCAGUACAGGUGGUCGCUGAACGGCACACUGAUUGAUCUCAGGGCCGACCCUCGCCGUCGGCUGUCUGGGGGGAACCUGGUCAUUAGGAGUCUGGAUCGGGCCCAGGACGCGGGAAUCUACCAGUGCACUGCCUUCAACCCUCUGGGAGCCAUCCUCAGCAGGAGAGCCAGCCUCCAGUUUGCAUACUUGAAUUUCAAAACUCAGACGAGAAGUGCUGUGUCGGUGCGUGAAGGCCAAGGAGUGGUUUUACUAUGUGGUACGCCUGCAUACGCAGGAGAUCUGUCCUUCGCCUGGGUUUUCAACGAGUACCCGUACUUUGUUCAGCAAGACAACAGACGCUUCGUCUCUCAGGAGACUGGGAACCUCUACAUCGCGAAAGUGGAGCCAUCAGAUGUGGGGAACUACACCUGUGUGGUGGUGAACCGCAUCACGAAAGGCAAAGUGCUCAGCUCUCCUACCCCUCUGGUGCUGAGAACAGACGGAGCAAUGGGUGAAUACGAGCCCAAAAUAGAAGUUCAUUUCCCCGACACGGUUCCAGCUGCCAAAGGAUCCGUUGUGACGCUGGAGUGCUUCGCUUUGGGGAAUCCAGUUCCUGAGAUAACGUGGAGAAGGGCUAACGGGGUGCCGUUUCCCAGCAAAGUGAAGAUGAAAAACUCCAAUGUUGUUCUGGAGAUUCCCAGCUUCCAGCAAGAGGAUGCGGGAGGUUAUGAGUGUGUGGCAGAGAACAAGAUGGGCAAGAACACGGUGAAAGGAAGACUUUCCUUCCAUGCCAAACCUCAGUGGGUGCAGACCAUGAAGGACAGUGCCUUGUCGAUCGAGGAGAGGCUGUUUUGGGAAUGUAAAGCCAAUGGAAAGCCCAAACCUUCAUACAGCUGGCUCAGGAAUGGAGAGCUGCUCACCACAGAGGACAGGAUUCAGAUAGAUAGUGGAGCUCUUACCAUUGCCUCAGUCAACCUGUCUGAUGCUGGCAUGUAUCAGUGUGUGGCUGAGAACAAGCAUGGCAUCAUUUAUUUUAGUGCCGAGCUGGUGGUGCUGGCUUCACCGCCAGACUUCUCCAGGAACCCGCUGCGAGGGCUGCUCAAAGCCAAGACGGGCAGCGCGGUGAGCAUGGCGUGCAAACCCCAGGCUUAUCCCGCUGCCAUCAGCACCUGGAGGAAAGGCAGUGAAGUGCUGCAGCAGAGCAGCGAGAGAGUAAGUCUUCUCCCUGAUGGAACGCUGAGAAUCGUAAAUGUGACCAAGACGGAUGGAGGGAUCUACACAUGCUUGGCCAGAAACCAGUUUGGGACAGCGAGCACCACUGGAAGACUGCUCGUCACAGAUCCCACAAGGUUCACCCAGGGUCCGGUGGACAUGGAGAUCAUAGUGGGGGAGAGCAUUGUGCUGCCGUGUCAGAUUGCGUGUGACCCUGCUCUGGACGUGUCCUUCUCCUGGGCGUUCAACGGACAGAUCCUCAACAAACUGGAUCCGCACUAUGAGCAUGUCGGUGGGAGUACAGCUGGAGAUCUAAUGAUACGAAACAUUCAGCUGAAGCAUGCUGGGAAAUACGUCUGCGUCGUCGACACGGACGUGGAGAGUCUGUCUGUGGCUGCCAUCCUGAUUGUAAAAGGUCCCCCCGGAGCUCCAGACGGCGUAACUGUGGAGGAGAUCACGGACAGCACGGCCCAGCUCUCCUGGAGGCCGGGCCAGGACAACGGCAGCCCCAUCAUCAGCUACAUCAUCCAGACCAAGACGGCUUUCACCGUGGGCUGGCAGGCGGUGAACACGGUCCCUGAGGUGAUUGACGGGAACACGUUGACGGCUACGGUGGUGGACCUGAACGCGUGGGUGGAGUACGAGUUCCGCGUGCUGGCCAGAAACAGCGUCGGCGUAGGGGAGCCAAGCCCGUCCUCGCUCAAGACCCGAACUGAGGAUUCCGUUCCCGAUACAGCGCCGGCUAAUGUCGGAGGUGGGGGAGGCUCCAAGUCGGAGUUGGUAAUAACAUGGGAGCCCGUGCCCGAGGAACUGCAGAACGGAGACGGCUUCGGCUACAUCAUCGCCCUGCGCCCGCUGGGAGAGCUCACCUGGACCCACGCCGUCACUUCCGCCCCGGGCCGCUACGUCUACCGGAACGAGAGCAUUCCGGCCUUCUCUCCGUUUAACGUGAAAGUGGGCGCCUAUAACGCGAAAGGCCAGGGGCCCUUCAGCCCCGUAACCACAGUGUUUUCUGCAGAGGAGGAGCCCAGUGGAGUGCCGGGGGGCGUGUGGGCUCAGAGUAUUUCUGCCUCUGAAUUUGAAGUGAGCUGGCAGACACUCUCUGACUCUCCUGAAAGAGUUUUGGGCUACGAGGUGGUGUACUGGGAGGAUGAUACGAAGCCGGAGACCAUGGGGAAGGUACGUGUGUCUGCGAAUCAGUACACGGUGAACAUCAGCGGCCUGAAGGGAUACACUCAGUAUUUCUUAACAGUCAGCGCCUUCAACACGGCAGGCACAGGACCUCGCACCCCCACCAUUAACGUCACCACCAGGAAAUCUCCACCAGGACAGCCACCUCUGAAUGUGGAGUGGAACCUGAUUGGCUCGAAGCUGACUGUCCACUGGGACCCUGUUGUUACCAUGGAGAUGGAGUCUGAGGUCACCGGGUAUCAGGUGUCUUACAGGAGAAACCGACACAAAGAGAUAAACCUCGUGACCACUAACCUGACUUCAGUGGAGAUCCUCCUCCCUGCUGAUGAUGAUUAUAUCAUCCAGAUCUGUGCUCUGAGUGAGGGUGGAGAAGGCAUCCCUACCGAGCCCAUCAACAUUCAUAAACUAAGUAUGAGUGUACGGGGGUCCAGAGCGUGGCGACCAGCCAGCAUUCCUCUCACCGUGCUUUUCAUCAUCGCAUUUACUGCCAUGAGGCCGUCGCUGUGAGAGCAUUCGUUUGGCCUGACAGACUGACACUACUUAGGCGCUUCUCUUUGUCUUUAUCAGUGUCCUCAUCGUCUGCUCUUCCUUCCUUUAACAUCGCGGGGAGACGAGACGUGCACCGGGACGUUAUGGGUUUUUUUUUUGUUUCAGCUUCUUCUUUGACGCAAGAUUGUUGUUCUUAACCACGCUGUUGAGAAGUCGGUCGGGAGACGCCGGCGGGAAGACGACAGGCUCGGAGUAAUUGGGUUUCGUGUGCAUGUUAUGUACAGUGUAUCAUUGUCUCGCGGCAAGGGACGAAGAGAAUGAACAGGUUCUGGGUUUUGUCCUCUUCUUUUUUUCAUAUUGUACGGGGGAUGUCAUGACUUUGUGUGCACUACUUUCCCCACAGGUCUCCGCGACCGUCGAGGAGAGCGAAAAUGCCUUACUUCCAUGUACAUGCCAAAGUAGUAGAUGUCCUUCUCAUGUGCUUCUCUGCUCUUGUUGCUAAGCUACCGUUUGUCCAAACGUCUGCUUUUUAUUCCUUUUUGAUAUGAAAUCUUGAUGUUAUUCAGUGUUUUUGUAGGGUAUUAUUACAUAUCAUUGAUGUUGGGCAGCCUCAGCGUACUCAUUUACGGAAGAUGAUUUGUCGCUGUGCCUUUUCGAUACAGUAGCUACAUAUCGAUUUCAUUCAUCUCGCAUCAUGAAGCCUUUAGUAUUCAGACUGGCGGGAGCAUUUCAUUGUUGCUGGAGAGGAUCUGUAAUAGCGGCGUGCAUUAUGAAGCCCGUUUGACGUGGGUUAUGCGGCGGAAAGGGUUGUGGUUAUGCAUUGUGAACGCUGUAAUUGGGUUUCAUCAAAAUAUGUAAGUGUAACUUACUUGCAGUUAGUUAUUUGCUUAUUUGUUGUCGUUUCUAUGGAAGGCAGUGAAGCAUCAUUAUGCGCAUUAUGAGCUGGAAAUAUGUACUUGUUGUCAAAGAAAUAGGUGCACCCAGAAGGAAGGAAUGAACAGAUAAGAUUAAGUAUUGGUGGAGAUAACCAAUGAUUCCUUAUGUGUGUGGAAGAACUGUAGUCAGUUGUUGUUGUUGUUCCUAAUAACUUAUCUUAUCAUAUCUUCUUUAUAAACAGCAUUAUAUUGUAUUUUUCAGACUAUAAGGCGCACUUAGAAUCUUUUAAUUUUCCUUAUAAUCCGGUUCACCUUAAGUGUGAAUUCUUCCAGUCAUGUAUUAAGCAGAAGUA